AUGUUUUUCGCUCAACUGUGGGCACUACAUGUCGAGAUUAUAUACGAAGCCCAUCCUUGGUUGGCCUCGGCGUUUAUGAUAUCAACUAAUGUCAUAUGGGGCGUUAGGGUCUACCAGUCGACCAGGAUUGCGAUGGAUUCCACUGAUUACUCAUUGUCAUAUGGACAGAUACUUUCUAUAUUCGCCGCCGUUACGCCAGUCCUGUAUACCAUUCGUCUGGCUUGGAGCUCGCGGGAUUAUCUCUGGCAUUUCCUUAAACGACUACCAGGAGAGAUCAUGGAUGAAAUAAUCUUUGUUCUUACCGGACACCGGGAUCCGCUCCAUAAAUUCAUUCUUCCUGCUACACAGUGCUCUAGUCCAGCUCAAUCACUCUUGUCCUGCUCUUCGGUGUCUGCGACGACUUCGCCCGAUAUCCCUGCCUCAUCCACAUCCAAUCUCCCCCCACCUCCGCCACCAGCGAGGCAUCGAUCCUCACCAUUUAUUACUGGUUCACAAAAUUCUGAACCAUCCGCUCCAAUUCCAUGGCCAUCAUGUUCCACGGGGGUGCUUUCUACACUUUCGUCGCCAGAAGUCAGUUCUAUCCGAAGGAGGACUUCAUCAGUGGCAAACAUAUCCGAUAACCGUUCAAACGAUAUACAACACCGACAUCGAAUAUCUACCUCGACAUCCGCGGGCGCUUCUCUGCCAGACGGUAUUGGGGACUCGCCAGACAAUUCACUCCAACCAAUAUUUGCCCACGGCCAAUUAUCGGAGUCACCACCAGAAUCUCCACAUGCCACUUAUUCAGUAGCAGACGCUAUCUCUGCGCCUGCCCAUGUCGUAUCCUCGUCCCCUGUCGACGGACAAUCAGAGUACUUCGAUGCUCGCUCGACGACAUCUUCCGAUACUGUACGUCUUAUACAGGGUCCGGAUCCGAAAGCGCAUAGCGCUUCAGAAGCGCCCACACACCCCACCAUGACUCCUUUUGCCUACCGAUCACUCACGGCGCCAUCAACCGGAAAACUCAGCUGGUCAGGAGCUCGCAGAAGGUUCUUAACCGACGCUGAGAAAAGACGGGCGUAG